AUGUCUCUUUCAGCUGUUAGCAACGAACAACAAUAUGAGGAAAAUGACAAUGAAUUUGCAGCACACUGUUUAAAAAAACAGUUUGUGGUAGACAAUUAUGUAAAAAUUGAAGCCGAACAGCUCAAUUAUUUGCACUUUAAUCAAGAUAAAAUUAGACGAGAUUUAUACUCAGGCCUUGAAGACGCACUUAAUGAAGGGAAUACUGAUGCUUCAAAUACUAGAAGACGAAUUAUUCUUCCAUCUUCUUUUAUCAGAGAGCCUCGAGAUAUACAUUAA